CGGAUCAGGCUGCGCUAUGGGGAGCUGUGCGGGGAGCUGCUGUGUGUGGAGCUGGACAAAGAGCGCCAGGGCCUGGGCCUGAGUCUGGCAGGCAACCGCGACCGCUCCUGCCUCAGCAUAUUCGUGGUGGGCAUCAGUCCCGGGGGCCCCGCCGCCAAAAACGGAAGCAUCCGUGUUGGGGACGAGCUGCUGGAGGUGAGGGGGGCCACACACACACACACACACACACACCAGUGCGAACUCACACAUGCCUAUUCUCUCACACACAUUCACACACGUGUGUGAAAAGACAGUCACGCACAGAUGAGCAAAUUGCAGGGGUUGAUUAGGUGGACAAGGUAGUGUAAGCGGCCAUGUUGGAUAGUCUGCCCUUGUCCUUUCCCUCUCUUCCUUCCCUCUUUCUCUCUCCCAUCCCCUGCGCAUGCAUUAUUUCUUUUGUGUACGUCACAGCCCUUUCUUUCUCUCCCUCGCUCUCUCGCCUCCCACCCUCUCUCCCUCCCACUUCCUUCCUUCCCUGUAAUAGUCUAAUCCUGUUGAGCCCUUGAGGGAGGAAAUGAAAUGGCUCCAUCACUGUCACUGUUGAUGCUGAGGCCAGUGCUCCUCUCAGGCCACAUAAUCCAUCACAACAAAACACAAUGGUGUAUGUGCGUGUGCGAAUAGGCUGUGUGCGUUUUUGCCUCAAAGAAAUGACAGGGCAAAAGCUGCCCAAGUGGUUAACGCAAAAAAAAUUGCCUCUAUACUUUCUUAUACUGUAUCUGUUUCUCCACUUUUCAGUUUGUCUUCUUUUCUCGCUCUUUCGUCUCUCUUCCUUUCUGUCUUUCUGGGAAGAUUCCGAAAGCAUUUGCUCUUGUUGCCUCAAUUAAUGAAAAUAACUUUGAAAGUCUCCUUUUUGAGUGUGGACCUACUACUAAUUAAUCUAAGCAGGGAAUAGCCAUGCAAAAUAGAUGUGAUUCAUUCUUAUGGUUUGAUUAGAGUCGUUGCUGGGUUUGAGCUCUGGGACUGGCAGAGUAAGCGUCUAAUGAAUGCAAUGAAUUAUAAAUGUGUCAGUUUGGAGCUGUAGUGUUUGUCGGUUUCUAAACGCUUGUCUUAGAUGAUCUUCCACAAACAUUGAUACUAACAUGGAAGAGCCUGAAUUGGAGCUGAUGUGUUGUCAGCUUACCUUAGUCUGUUAUUUUGACCUCUUCCUUUUCUUUCUUCAUUCCAUCAUAUCACUUUCUCCUCCCUCCAUCAGCCCUCUGUUUUUUUUCUCUCCAUUCUUCCCACCCUCUCUGUCAUGCUAGCGCUGCUCAUUACAACAAUGUCACUGCCACCAUAAAAAAUGUAUGUGGCCUGCCACAAGUAGCGGCAGCGGAGGGAGGGAGACCCGACCCACUGCAACACACAGGCAUAUGCACACACACACACACACACACACACACACACAGACACACACAAGCAGUCUCAGGCUGAUGCGCACAUACACACAGUGCCUUCGGAAACAAUUCAGACUUUCUCCACAUUUUGUUACGUUACAGCCUUAUUCUAAAAUUGAUUAAAUAAAUAUAAAUCCUCAGCAAUCUACACACAAUACCCUUAAUGACAAAGCGAAAACAGGUUGUUAGACAUUUUUGCAAAUUUAUUACAAAUAAAAAACAGAGAUACCUUAUUUUUCAUAAUUAUUCAGACCCUUUGCUAUGAGACUCGAAGUUGAGCUCAGGUGCAUCCUGUUUCCAUUGAUCAUUCUUGUUUCUACAACUUGAUUGGAGUCCACCUGUGGUAAAUUCUAUUGAUUGGACAUGAUUUGGAAAGGCACACACCUGUCUAUAUAAGGUCCCACAGUUGACAGUGCAUGUCAGAGCAAAAACCAAGCCAUGAGGUGAACACAGUGGCCUCCAUCCAUUCUUAAAUGGAAGAAGUUUGGAACCACCAAGACUCUUCCUAGAGCUGGCAGCCCGACCAAACUGAGCAAUCGGGGGAGAAGGGCCUUGGUCAGGGAGGUGACCAAGAACCCGAUGGUCACUCUGACAGAGCUCUAGAGUUCCUGUGUGGAGAUGGGAGAACCUUCCAGAAGGACAACCAUCUCUGCAGCACUCCACCAAUCAGGCCUUUAUGGUAGAGUGGCCAGACGGAAGCCACUCUUCAGUAAAAGGCACAUGACAGCCCGCUUGGUGUUUGCCAAAAGGCACCUAAGGACUCUCAGACCAUGAGAAACAAGAUUCUCUGGUCUGAUGAAACCAAGAUUGAACUCUUUGGCCUUAAUGCCAAGUGUCACGUCUGGAGGAAACCUGACACCAUCCCUACGGUGAAGCAUGGUGGUGGCAGCAUCAUGCUGUGGGGAUGUUUUUCAGCGGCAGGGACUGGGAGACUAGUCUGGAUCGAGGGAAAGAUUAAUGGAGCAAAGUACAGAGAUCCUUGAUGAAAACCUGCUCCAGAGCACUCAGGACCUCAGACUGGGGCGAAGAUUCACCUUCCAACAGGACAAUGACCCUAAGCACACAGCCAACCCUAAGCACACAGCCAUGACAACGCAGGAGUGGCAUCGGGACAAGUCUCUGAAUGUCCUUGAGUGGCCCAGCCAGAGCCCGGACUUGAACCCGAUCGAACAUCUCUGGAGAGACCUGAAAAUAGCUGUGCAGCAACGCUCCCCAUCCAACCUGCCAGAGCUUGAGAGGAUCUGCAGAGAAGAAUGGGAGAAACUCCCCAAAUACAGGUGUGCCAAGCUUGUAGCGUCAUACCCAAGAAGAAUCAAGGCUGUAGUCACUGCCAAAGGUGCUUUAACAAAGUACUGAGUAAAGGGUCUGAAUACUGUUGUUUUUUAUGAAUUAGCAACAAUUUAUAAAAACCUGUUUUUGCAUUGUCAUUAUGGAGUAUUGUGUGUAGAUUGAUGAGGAAAAUAAACAAUUUAGUCAAUUUUAGAAUAAGGCGUAACGUAACGUAACAAAAUGUGGAAAAAGUCAAGGGGUCUGAAUACUUUCUGAAGGCACUGUACUGUAAAUACAGAGAAACACACAGUCACAGGCUGUUACACACAUUACACACACACACACAGACAUAAAUACACACACAUAGUUCGUCAUAGGCAGAAAUGCACACACACACACACACACACGCACGUACACUCCCUCACUGAUGAACACUGAUACUGUCACCCCACACUAAAACCCUCACAAACAAGGCAUACCGUGUCUCUAAGCCCCAGUCAGGAUAUGUGCUAUUCCACCAAAGCAAGGUGUUGGGGCUGUGGCCUGGCCAUUUGUAUCUGUGUAUCUGCACAGUGCUGAAUUGCCUAUUGAUUUAACAUUUAGAAGUAGCGGAUACGACAAUGUGCUCAUUUGAGUAGCAGGCAAGUGUGGAUUGUAGGGGCUAGCAGGCGAGCUCAAUGACCUUUCAGUAACGUCUGUCUCAAUUAGGGGUGGGGGUGUGUGUGUGUGCCCACAUCAGUAAUCAUGUGCUAACGGCUGCUGCCACUAAACACUGUUGUCACACUUGAGCGGAGGCAUCAUCAUGUCUUCAUCGUUGCCAUCAAGAGGAUUACUGUGUGGGGUGUUUGUUUGCUGCACACGUGUGUAUUUGCUUACAGGGUGUAUUUGUAUAUACCUGCAUGUGUUCAUGCAUAUUUGUGUGUUUAUGUUGCUGUGUGUUUGUCAAAGAGAUAAAGAAAUUAAAUCCAUCCCUUAUCCAAUAAGAAAUCAUAGUUUUCUGUUGAAAACGUUUUGUUACGUUGUGCCAUAAUGAACAUGACACUGAUUGUAGUUAAACUCUCUGCUUCUCUCCUCCCAUCAGAUCAACAACCAGGUCCUGUAUGGCCGCAGCCACCUGAACGCCUCAGCCAUCAUUAAGAGCGCUUCAUCCAAGGUCAAGAUUAUCCUCAUCAGGUAAGGCUAGUCAGCCAACCCUGCGACCAAGGGCGUCAACGCCUAUUCAAACGAAGGGGACACCUGAAAUCAAUAGUUAUUUUGUUCAUUAAUAAAGACACACUUAGGCUAUCCUGAUCACAGUCAACACAAAUAUAUUUUAUAGAAGGCUAAGAAUAUAAUAAAAUAUAACAGAAUAAAAUGGAACCGCUGUCAUAUAAAAAAAAGUUAUAUUUUCAAACAGCCGAAGUCAAGCCCAUGCUUUUUUGAUCCACGUUUAAUCUCUUUCCUUCCCUUGCUCCGCUUUGUUAGGGAGCAGGCGUAGGGUCUUACAUUGAGAGUAUCUUCAUCAUGAUACCGAUGGAAAAUAAUAGCAAUCUAUAUUUUCAAAAGCAUGUGAGUCUUGCGUUUGUAUUUCACAACCUCCGUGGGCUUUAUGUGAUCUAGCAAAAUAAUGGCCUACACUUGAUUUAGGCUACAUUAGCCUAUUGCAUGCUAAACGUUUCUGAUCAAUGAUAGAUGUGCAAACAAAUAGAUGAGCUAUACCACUUCCUCUUAUUUGCCCAGCCAGAGAAUUAACCAAAUAUACAGACGGAGAUUCAGUGAAACAAAAUCACAUUCAUUGAGUCAGAAGCUUUUGGUCGGGAGUAGGCCUAGGCAACUAAGCGACUGAGAGUGAAAAGGAAAAUAAUCCACUUGGUAAGCUACAUAACAUGCUGGCAACAUUUUGGCCACUAAACAGUCUCCAUAUAAACUCAGCAAAAAAAGAAACGUCCCUUUUUCAGGACCCUGUCUUUCAAAGAUAAUUCGUAAAAUUCCAAAUAACUUCACAGAUCUUCAUUGUAAAGGGUUUAAACACUGUUUCCCAUGCUUGUUCAAUGAACCAUAAUUAAUUAAUGAACAUGCACCUGUGGAACGGUCGUUAAGACACUAACAGCUUACAGACGGUAGGCAAUUAAGGUCACAGUCAUGAAAACUUAGGACACUAAAGAGGCCUUUAUACUGACUCUGAAAAACACCAAAAGAAAGAUGCCCAGGGUCCCUGCUCAUCUGCGUGAACGUGCCUUAGGCAUGCUGCAAGGAGGCAUGAGGACUGCAGAUGUGGCCAGGACAAUAAAUUGCAAUGUCCGUACUGUGAGACGCCUAAGACAGCGCUACAGGGAGACAGGACGGACAGCUGAUCGUCCUCGCAGUGGCAGACCACGUGUAACAACACCUGCACAGGAUCGAUAUAUCCGAACAUCACACCUGCGGGACAGGUACAGGAUGGCAACAACAAUGUGUUACACCAGGAAUGCACAAUCCCUCCAUCAGUGCUCAGACUGUCUGCAAUAGGCUGAGAGAGGCUAGACUGAGGGCUUGUAGGCCUGUUGUAAGGCAGGUCCUCACCAGACAUCACCGGCAACAACGUCACCUAUGGGCACAAACCCACCGUCGCUGGACCAGACAGGACUGGCAAAAAGUGCUCUUCACUGACGAGUCACGGUUUUGUCUCACCAGGGGUGAUGGUCGGAUUCGCGUUUAUCGUCAAAGGAAUGAGCGUUACACCGAGGCCUGUACUCUGGAGCGGGAUUGAUUUGGAGGUGGAGGGUCCGUCAUGGUCUGGGGCGGUUUGUCACAGCAUCAUCGGACUGAGCUUGUUGUCAUUGCAGGCAAUCUCAACGCUGUACGUUACAGGGAAGACAUCCUCCUCCCUCAUGUGGUACCCUUCCUGCAGGCUCAUUCUGACAUGACCCUCCAGCAUGACAGUGCCACCAGCCAUACUGCUCGUUCUGUGCGUGAUUUCCUGCAAGACAGGAAUGUCAGUGUUUUGCCAUGGCCAGCGAAGAGCCCGGAUCUCAAGCCCAUUGAGCACGUCUGGGACCUGUUGGAUCGGAGGGUGAGGGCUAGGGCCAUUCCCCCCAGAAAUGUCCAGGAACUUGCAGGUGUCUUGGUGGAAGAGUGGGGUAACAUCUCAAAGCAAGAACUGGCAAAUCUGGUGCAGUCCAUGAGGACGGGAUGCACUGCAGUACUUAAUGCAGCUGGUGGCCACACCAGAUACUGACAGUUACUUUUGAUUUUGACCCCCCUUUGUUCAGGGACACAUUAUUCAAUUUAUAUUAGUCACAUGUCUGUGGAACUUGUUCAGUUUGUCUCAGUUGUUGAAUCUUAUGUUCAUACAAAUAUUUACACAUGUUAAGUUUGCUGAAAAUAAACGCAGUUGACAGUGAGAGGACGUUUCUUUUUUUGCUGAGUUUAUAUACUUCCAUUCAUUUUUUUCAACUGGUACCGGGGGACCUUCGGACGAGUCUUGUGAAGCCUGUGGGCAUCGUAGAGCAAAACAGCCAACAUGUACGUGUUCGUGAGAGUCAGAGGGGUCAUAUAAGUGUGUAGCCCAAACUGUUCGGAUGCUACAGACAGAAGUUGGCAGAUCAGCUGUACUGACUUCAGACGAGUUCCAAGAUGUGAGUCCCAAAAUCGUUGUGUUCAUGAGCGUCUCAUCUUUCCAUAGAGGGGUCAUAACCUGUCAGAUGCUACAGACGAUUUUGUGAGAAGACCGGUUUUUGGGAUGUCUCGUGGUCUUACAAACACCGCUCUAGCUCUGUCACCUUUCACCGCAGAUGCGGUUGAUUGAGACGCAUCCAAUGCAAAAAAACAUAUCUCUAUCUUAAACUGACAGAUUUCUAUGGGAAUUAUUUUAUUUUGCUAGUUAGAUUUCCACGGGCGCGCGGACAUCGACUCUAGGGGGAUAAGUCAAAACUGUAACUAGGCCACUCAGGAACAUUCAAUGUUGUCUUGGUAAGCAACUUCAGUGUAUAUUUGGCCUUGAGUUUUAGGUUAUUGUCCUGGUGAAAGGUGGAUUUGUCUCCCAGUGUCUGUUGGAAAACAGACUGAACAAGGUUUUCCUCUAUGAUUUUGCCUGUGCUUAGCUCUAUUCCUUUUUUUUGGGUCUUUUUUUGUUUUGAGAACUCCCUAGCCCUUGCCGAUGACGAGCAUAUCCAUAACAUGAUGCAGCUACCACCAUGCUUGAAAAUAUGAAGAGUGGUACUCAGUGAUGUGUUGGAUUUGCCCCAAACAAUGCUUUGUAUUCAGGACAAAAAGAGUACUUUAGUACCUUUUUCCAAACAGGAUACAUGUUUUGGAAUAUUUUUUCUGUACAGACUACCUUCUUUUCACAAGAUUAUCUGGUCUGAUGAAACCAAGAUUGAACUCUUUGGCCUGAAUGUCAAGUGUCACGUCUGGAGGAAACCUAGCACCAUCCCUACGGUGAAGCAUGGUGGUGGCAGCGUCAUGAUGUGGGGUUGUUUUUCAGUGGCAGGGACUGGGAGACUUGUCAGGAUCGAGGGAAAGAUGAACGGAGCAAAGUACACAGAGAUCCUUGAUGAAAACCUGCUCCAGAGCGCUCAGGACCUCAGACUGGGGCGAAGGUUCACCUAUCAACAGGACAACGACCCUAAGCUCACAGCCAAGACAACGCAGGAGUGGAUUCAGGACAAGUCUUUGAAUGUCCUUGAGUGGCCCAGCCAGAGCCCGGACUUGAACCCGAUCGAACAUCUCUGGAGAGACCUGAAAAUAGCUGUUUUAUUUGUAAUACAUUUGCAAAAAUUUCUAAAAACCUGUUUUUGCUUUGUCAUUAUGGGGUAUUGUGUGUAGAUUGAUGAUACAUUUUUUUUUUUUAGAAGAAGGCUGUAAUGUAACUAAAUGUGGAAAAAGUCAAGGGGUCUGAAUACUUUCCGAAUGCACUGUAGUUAUCGCACUACAUUGUCCAUGUACUUUUUGGCUUGCCAUAACAGGCUAAGCAUCACCACUGAGGUAACUCCAUUCAACUAAAGCAGUCAUCUUAACAAAAUAAAAAAGUAGUCAUAGCAACAAAAUAGUUCAGCAUUCCUUCACCGUUUUUUACCGUUUAACUCCCACAAGCAUUCCAGCACAGGCUUCUUCUUGAAACAGAGAUGAAUGAGUUCAUUUUUUGCUUGACUACCUUAACAAGAUGGCUUGUGACGCAGGUAGAGAAAAUUUGGAAGUCACUCCGACGUACCAUUAUACAACACAAAAGUAUUGAACAAAUCUGAUGUUUUAUGGAGACAUUGCUCUCUAAAUGGAGACAUGGCUCAAUAGAAGAAGAAAAAAAAAAGCUUUCUCUUCAAAUAAAUCAUGUGUAAUUCUAUUGACGAUAACUUUUACUGCAUCGGCAAGGGUUACAAGGGGAAUCGAAAUGCCAUUGUUUUGAGGCAGUUGGCUGAUGUAAAAAAUUGCACCCCAAUUGUUUCUGCUUACAAAUCUGAAGUGUCUGUGUGUUGAGUUAUCAUUUUAAUUAAAUGAAGGGAGAGGGAGAGAAAGCCUUUGUUUAUACUCCCUUUGAGCGAGUGAGCAAAGUUAUGCUAUAUUGGUACCAUUAUUUCUCAGUGUACAAGCUGUCGAAUACGGGUGCGAACAGUACUAGAGGAAAAUUGUACCUCCUUUCUUUCUUUCCUCCUCCGCAGUCAUGCCAAAUACCCCUCCACUCUAUAGAAAUAAGAUAUUGUACCCUUCAGGGGGACAUUGUUAGAACCAAUUUAACAUUUGAAGGCUAUUUUCUCCCUCAGCCAACUUUGACAGAAUGCAUAUGUAACGCUCUGACAAGACCAUUAGGCUGGCGGCACCAUCGCUCUCCGUCGUCUAUUGCCACUAUUACCCAGGGAAGGCAAAUGAACCCCACUCGUGAUGAUGACCUCUGUGUAAUUUGGGGAAUUUGCGUCUUAUCGGAUCAUGUGGGAGAGAGGGAGAGGAGAAUGUAGGGAAAAGGAGAGGAUGAGGGAAGGAGAAAGGGAGAAGUGGAGUCUCAUUAACUGGGCUUCAAUAUCCGGCCACUCAAACACCAGCUUUGAAGCCAGCCGCUGACUUACUACAUCCCAAAUCGCAACCUAUUUCCUAUAUAGUGCACUAUUUUUGAACAGGGCCCACAGGGCUCUGGUCAAAAGUAGUGCACUAUAUAGGGAAUAGGGUGGCAUUUGAAACGCAGAACUGACUGCACUCGCUCUGGUCCGUCUUAUUACUCAUUUAUUUCUUGCUCUACCGUUCCCUCUCGACCGCUCCCACUCUACCUCCCGCUAUUAUUUUUGCUCUCUCACUACCUCUCCUUCUCUCAGAAAGCCUCCUUCACUCUACCUAGCUGUCUUUAUUCCUCCCUCUCGCCAUAGCCGUCCCCCUCUCUCAAACCUUCUGUGUCUUGUCUUAAUCUCUCUCGCAAACUCUCUCUCCCAUCCAUCCCUUUCUUUGCCUCUUCCAUCUCACCCCCACCCCCCUCUCACUUCUGCCUGCCUAGUGCCUAAUCAUCUCUUGGGGGAGCAAGGAGCACACAAAGCACGACGGCGACGCAGCACUUAAUUUCCUCCCCAUGCCACGCGCCUAUUCUCGCCAUCCUUAAGUCCCUUUAAUUGACCACAGUGGGCCAGAGCCCAGUCACCUGUGUUCUCCACACAUAUUAAAACACACUGGCGGGAGGGAGAGAGGGAGGCCUAGGCUGGAGUCUAGGGCCCAUAUCCAUAAAGUGUCUCAGAGUAGGAGUGCUGGUCCCCCGUCUAUGUAAUUUUAUUCACUGUGCUUUACAAGGCGAAACUGAUCCUAGAUCAGCACUCUGUGACGUGUUGUGAAUACGGGCCAAGGGAAGUGCAAAAUGUGAACGACAGACAUGGCAUCAGUGAGCAGCACAUCCAUUAUUUCUGAGCUGCUGAAGGAAAUAAGGCUGCGGAAAAGAUAACAACAUGCUGAUUUAUGAUUCACCAAUGUGAGGUUUUCUGUUGAAGGGUCUGGCCACGUGUGGACCGCUGACUGCUAUGCAGCUACUUUGGCUGACAACUAAAACAUCACAUAUAGCAAGCAUGAAAUGAGUAUUUGGGGUGUCCUUUAUAUUCCACGGAAUUGACACAUCCAUGAUGACACUUCAUGGAACACGACAGUGCUGUCAUUUUGAGCUUGUGGUUAUCGGCGCCGCUUUCGACCGCGUCUGUUAAGAUAUGCGUCUCAUGCCAAUGGCAGAGUAAAAUAAUGGGUGUUUUUUUGACAGCAACAAGGAAAGUCUGUGUCCCAAAUGACACCCUAUUCCAUAUGUAUUGACAAUCCAGAGUUCCAAUGCGGCAAUUGUUUGCUAGCGGAGGACUACAGGAAUGAGUUGGCUAUGCUUAGAAAACAAAUAUCAAUUAUGCGCAAACUUAUGUAAAAACGCAAAUGAGAAGUUUCUCGUUCUCCACUCCUAUGGCAGGACGCCGCUCGGGCCUAGUGGAUGUUUCCCUGCCUUGUCAUCUGUCCCUAUCCGAAUGGCCUGUGCCACCUGGAACGUGCCUGCCAAGGAAGUAGUCUCCAUCUGUUUCUCCUCCGCUAUCCUGUAGUAAAGUAGACGGAGAACAGUAAUAAGAGUGUUCCAAUCAGCGCAGGUCCCAAUGUCACAAGUCGUGGAAACCGAAGGCAGCGGCAUGCUGCUAAGCGAACGGGAGUGAUUGCGAGAGGUUCGGAGCAGAUUGACAUACAGUGCAUUCGGAAAGUAUUCAGACCCCUUGACUUUUUCCACAUUUUGUUGCGUUACAGCCUUAUUCUAAAAUUGAUUAAAUUGUUUUUUUUGACUCAUCAAUCUACACGCAAUACCCCAUAAUGACAAAGCAAAAACUGGUUUUUAAAUAUUUUUUUAAAAACGGAAAUAUCAUAUUUACAUAAGUAUUCAGACUUUAUUGAAGCACCUUUGGCAGAGAUUACAGCCUUGAGUCUUCUUGUGUAUGACUCUACAAGAUUGGCACACCUGUAUUUGGGGAGUUUCUCCCAUUCUUCUCUGCAGAUCCUCUCAAGCUCUGUCAGGUUGGAUGGGGAGCGUCGCUGCACAGCUAUUUUCAGGUCUCUCCAGAGAUGUUAGAUCGGGUUCAAGUCUGGGCUCUGUCUGGGCCAGUCAAAGACAUUGAGACAAGAUUCUCUGGUCUGAUGAAACCAAGAUUGAACUCUUUGGCCUGAAUGCCAAGCGUCAUGUCUGGAGGAAACCUGGCACCAUCCCUAAGGUGAAGCAUGGUUGUGGCAGCAUCAUGCUGUGGGGAUGUUUUUCAGCAGCAGGGACUGGGAGACUAGUCAGGAUCGAGGGAAAGAUGAACGGAGCAAAGUACAGAGAGAUCCUUGAUGAAAACCUGCUCCAGAGCACUGAGGACCUCAGACUGGGGCGAAGGUUUAAUUUCCAACAGUACAACAACCCUAAGCACACAGCCAAGACAAUGCAUGAGUGGCUUCGGGACAAGUCUCUGAACGCUCCCUAUCCAACCUGACAGAGCUUGAGAGGAUCUGCAGAGAAGAAUGGGAGAAACUCCCCAAAUUCAGGUGUGCCUAGCUUGUCUGAAUACUUAUCUAAAUGUGAUAUUUCCGUUUUUGCUCAAAUUUCUAAUAAUCUGUUUUUCCUUUGUCAUUAUGGGGUAUUGUGUGUAGAUUGAUGAGUCAAGGGGUCUGAAUCCUUUCCAAAUGCACUGUAUGUGUUAUGGCUUUACACCCCCUGCUAUAUUGUGGAUAAAGAGUUACCUGUCUAACAGAACACAUAUGGUGUUCUUUAAUGGAAACCUAUCCAACAUAAUCCAGGUAGAAUCAGGAAUUCCCCAGGGCAGCUGUCUAGGCCCCUUACUUUUUUCAAUCUUUACUAACGACAUGCCACUGGCUUUGAGUAAAGCCAGUGAGUCUUUGUAUGUGGGACAAAUCAUUCACUAAACCCUCAACCUCAACUAGUUGAGGUGAAUAAACUGCUUGGAGUAACCCUGGAUUGUAAACUGUCAUGUUCAAAACAUAUUGAUACAACAGUAGCUAAGAUAGGGAGAAGUCUGUCCAUAAUAAUCAUUUUUUGUCGCACCUGGACUAAUGUUCAGUCAUGUGGUCAGGUGCCACAAAGAGGGACUUAUGAAAAUUGCAAUUGGCUCAGAACAGGGCAGCACGGCUUGCCCUUAGAUGUACACAGGGAGCUAACAUUAAUAAUGUGCAUGUCAAUCUCUUCUGGCUCAAAGUGGAGGAGAGAUUGACUUCAUCACAACUUGUAUUUGUGAGAGGCAUUGACAUGUUGAAUGCACCGAGCUGUCUGUUUGAACUACUGGCACACAACUCGGACAAACAUGCAUACCCCACAAGACAUGCCACCAGAGGUCUCUUCACAGUCUCCAAGUCCAGAACAGACUUUGGGAGGCGCACAGUACUACAUAGAGCCAUGACUACAUGGAACUCUCUAUUCCACAUCAAGUAACACAUGCAAGCAGUAAAAUUUUAUUUAAAAAACUGAUAAAAAUACAUCUUAUGGAACAGCGGGCACUCUGAAGCAACACAAACAUAGACACAUGCAUACAAACACCCGAUAACAUAUGCACUAUACACACACUUACACAUUAAUUUUGUGUUGUAGAUAGGUCCCUACUCUACUCCCACAUGAGGGCACACAAUGUGUUGUGAAUUAAUUGUAAUGUUUUAAAAAAUGUAUAACUGCCUUAAUUUUGCUAGACCCCAGGAAUAGAGGGAUCCAUAAUAAAUACCAAUACAAAUGUAGUGCACUACUUUUCACCAGAACCCUAUGCCCCCAGCUGUGCGGUAGCGCUUCACCACCGGACCUUAUGAUAACUCAGCUAUACAGCUGAUAUCUGCUGGACUGUUCCUUUUUACGGUACUACAUCCUGUUUAUGUUUAGCCUCAGCCCAAACAUGGUUAGUUUAUUGUUGUUUCGGGUAUUUCUAAUUGUACUAUAUCACUGUAGACCCCCCAGCCUAGCUAAACCUGCCUUAGUUAGCUCCUUUGUCCCUCCGCCCAUACACUCAGAGACCGACUCAAUUGAUGCCUCUAGAGAUACUAUCUCUUUCAUUGUUACCCAACGCUUAGGUUUACCUCCACUCAUAUCCUUCCAUAUCCUUGUCUGUACAUAAUGCCCUGAAUCUUUUCUAUAACACCCGGAAAUAUGCCCCCUUUAUUCUCUGUACCCACGCACUAGAAGACCAGUUCUUAAAGCCUUUAGCCGUAUCCUUAUUCUAGUCCUCCUCUGUUCCUCUGGUGAUGUAGAGGCUAACCCAGGGCCUGUAGCCCCCAGUAUCACUCCUACUCCCCAGGAGCUAUCAUUUGAUGACUUCUGUAAUCGCAAAAGUCUUGGUUUCUUGCACAUAAAUAUCAGAAGUCUACUUCCUAAGUUUGAGUUAUUCACUGCGUUAGCACACUCUGCCAACCCUGAUGUUCUAGCAGUGUCUGAAUCCUGGCUCAGGAAGGCCACCAAAAAUUCUGAAAUUUCCAUCCCCAACUAUAACAUUUUCCGUCUAGAUAGAACUGCCAAAGGGGGUGGAGUUGCAAUCUACUGUAGAGAUAGCCUGCAGAGCUCUAUCAUACUAUCCAGGUCUGUGCCCAAACAGUUUGAGCUUCUACUUCUAAAAAUCCACCUUUCCAGAAAUAAGUCUCUCACUGUUGCCGCUUGCUACAGACCCCCCUCAGCCCCCAGCUGUGCCCUGGACACCAUAUGUGAAUUGAUUGCCCCCCAUUUAUCCUCUGAGUUUGUACUGCUUGGUGACCUAAAUUGGGAUAUGCUUAAUACCCCAGCCAUCCUACAAUCCAAGCUAGAUGCCCUCAACCUCACGCAAAUUAUCAACGAACCUACCAGGUACAACCCUAAAUCCUUAAACAUGGGUACCCUCAUAGAUAUCAUCCUGACUAACAUACCCUCUAAAUACACCUCAGCUGUCUUCAACCAGGAUCUCAGCGAUCACUGCCUUAUUGCCUGCGUCCGUAACGGGUCUGCGGUCAAACGACCACCCCUCAUCACUGUCAAACGCUCCCUAAAACACUUUAGCGAGGAGGCCUUCCUAAUUGACCUGGCCCAGGUAUCCUGGAUGGAUAUAGAUCUCAUUCCGUCAGUAGAGGAUGCCUGGUUGUUCCUUAAAAGUAAUUUCCUCUCAAUCUUAAAUAAACAUGCCCCAUUCAAAAAAUACAGAACUAAGAACCGAUAUAGCCCCUGGUUCUCCUAAGACUUGACUGCCCUUGACCAGCACAAAAACAUCCUGUGGCGUACAGCAUUAGCAUCAAAUAGCCCCCGCGAUAUGCAACUUUUCAGGGAAGUUAGGAACCAAUAUACACAAGCAGUCAGGAAAGCAAAGGCUAACUUUUUCAAACAGAAAUUUGCAUCCUGUAGCACUAACUCCAAAAAGUUUUGGGACACUGUAAAGUCCAUGGAGAAUAAGAGCACUUCCUCCCAGCUGCCCACUGCACUGAGGCUAGGAAACACUAUCACCACCGAUAAAUCUACAAUAAUCGAGAAUUUCAACAAGCAUUUUGCUACAGCUGGCCAUGCUUUCCAUCUGGCUACCACUAACCCGGCCACCAACUCUGCACCCUCUGCUGCAACUUGCCCAUGCCCCCCCCCGCUUCUCCUUCACACAAAUUCAGACAGCUGAUGUUUUGAAAGCGCUGCAAAAUCUGGACCCCUACAAAUCAGCUGGGCUAGACAAUCUGGACCCUUUCUUUCUAAAACUAGCCGCCGAAAUUGUCGCAACCCCUAUUACUAGUCUGUUCAACCUCUCUUUCAUAACGUCUGAGAUCCCCAGAGAUUGGAAAGCUGCCGCGGUCAUCCCCCUCUUCAAAGGGGGUGACACUCUAGAUCCAAACUGCUACAGACCUAUAUCCAUCCUGCCCUGCCUUUCGAAAGUAUUCGAAAGCCAAGUUAACAAACAGAUCACCGACCAUUUCGAAUACCACCGUACCUUCUCCGCUAUGCAAUCCGGUUUCCGAGCUGGUCACGGGUGCACUUCAGCCACGCUCAAGGUCCUAAACAAUAUUAUAACCACGAUUGAUAAUAGACAGUACUGUGCAGCCGUCUUCAUCGACCUGGCCAAGGCUUUCGACUCUGUCAACCACCGCAUUCUUAUUGGCAGACUAAAUAGCCUUGGUUUCUCAAAUGACUGCCUCGCCUGGUUCACCAACUACUUCUCAGAUAGAGUUCAGUGUGUCAAAUCGGAGGGCCUGUUGUCUGGACCUAUGGCAGUCUCUAUGGGGGUGCCACAGGGUUCAAUUCUUGGGCCGACACUUUUCUCCGUGUAUAUCAAUGAUGUCGCUCUUGCUGCUGGUGACUCUCAGAUCCACCUCUACGCAGACGACACCAUUUUGUAUACAUCUGGCCCUUCAUUGGACACUGUGUUAACAAACCUCCAAACGAGCUUCAAUGCCAUACAACAAUCCUUCAGUAGCCUUCAACUGCUCUUAAACACUAGUAAAACUAAAUGCAUGCUUUUCAAUCGAACGCUGCUAGCACCCGCCCACCCGACUAGAAUCACCACUCUCGACGGGUCUGACCUAGAGUAUGUGGACAACUACAAAUAUCUAGGUGUCUGGUUAGACUGUAAACUCAACUUCCAGACUCACAUAAAGAAUCUCCAAUCCAAAGUUAAAUCUAGAAUCGGCUUCCUAUUUCGCAACAAAGCCUCCUUCACUCAUGCUGCCAAACAUGCCCUCGUAAAACUGACUAUCCUACCGAUCCUUGACUUCGGCGAUGUCAUUUACAAAAUAGCCUCCAACACUCUACUCAGCAAAUUGGAUGUAGUCUAUCACAGUGCCAUCCGUUUUGUCUCCAAAGCCCCAUACACUACCCACCACUGUGACCUGUACGCUCUUGUUGGCUGGUCCUCAUUACAUGUUCGUCGUCAAACCCACUGGCUCCAGGCCAUCUAUAAAUCACUGCUAGGCAAAUCCCCGCCUUAUCUUAGCUCAUUGGUCACCAUAGCAGCACCCACCCGUAGUCUGCGCUCCAGCAGGUAUAUCUCACUGGUCAUUCCCAAAGCCAACACCUCCUUUGGCCGCCAUUCCUUCCAGUUCUCUGCUGCCAAUGACUGGAACGAAUUGCAAAAAUCUCUGAAGCUGGAGACUCUUAUCUCCCUCAAUAACUUUAAGCAUCAGUUGUCAGAGCACCUUACCGAUCACUGCACCUGUACACAGCCCAUCUGAAAUUAGCCCACCCAACUACCUCAUCCCUAUAUUGUUAUUUAUUUUGCUCUUUUGCACCCCAGUAUCUCUAUUUGCACAUCAUCUCUUGCACAUCUAGCAUUCCAGUGUUAAUACUAUUGUAAUUAUUCUGCACUAUAGCCUAUUUAUUGCCUUACCUCCAUAACUUGCUACAUUUGCACACACUGUAUAUAUAUUUUCUGUUGUAUUUCUGACUUUAUGUUUUUUUUACCCCAUAUGUAACUCUGUGUUGUUUUUAUUGCACUACUUUGCUUUAUCUUGGCCAGGUCGCAGUUGUAAAUGAGAAGCUGUUCUCAACUGGCUUACCUGGUUAAAUAAAGGUGAAAUAAAAAAAAAUAAAAAAAAUGUGCCCUGGUCAAAAUUAGUGGCCGAUAUAGGGAAUAGGGUGCCAUUUGGGAUGCAGCCAUAGUGUCGCUGUCUGACCCACUCAGGUCCCAAGUGCAGGAGGGUAAGUUACCACGGUAGAGCGAACAGGAAGGGACCGCCUUGGUCAUACUGUUGACAUUCAGAGGACUUUGUCCUUCAUUGUCCGUGAAUGCUGUUGAAUGGUCAUAGACAGGCACAGAUCUCAGUUAAUCACAUGCAUGCCCCACAGACACACAUACACAUUUAGGUUUAUAGGGAUUUUCCAGCCUCUUCUGUCAGGUUGGUUUUCAGAUUUAUUGGAAUGCACUUUUUUUUCUAUCCCACUGGUCGUGUGCACUCUGCUGUCCAGUAUUCGGCAUUUGUUUUCUUCCGUUUGUUUGGGGGAAAAUCAAUUUUUCACAGUAGCUGUGAUUCGAUUGCAGCCAAUUCACAGUAGGAGCAGAAUAGCUCAGUACGUGUUAAGGGGUUUGGUGACAAACUUGUUUAAAAUGUUGGUAGAAGGGGAGGGGUGGCUCAAAUGCUAUAUUGAGUCAAAGGUUGUUUGGCAAUGAGCGUUGGGACGUCGAAAGGAUAGGUCUCCUCGUAGCCGUAUCGCCAUGGAAACAUCAGCGGCGCUGGCCAGGCUGCGGACAGGAAGAAAAAGGGCCGGUCGGGAACGCAAUAGUAAAGUAUCAGCCCACCCAGCGCCUGUUCGCGUAUCCGGCCUCGCAUUGGAGUGAGUUAGUGCUGUGACGCAAGUGAGCGUGUUCGUUUACACACACACACACACACACACGCGCAAGCAACAAGUCCUACGACUUUGUCAGCUUACUGUGGAUUGGCCACAGUUUCUUAUUUUAGUUGUGGGAGAACGAGGAUGUGUGGGGAUAAGGCAACACAAGCAACAGAUUGAUUGAUUCAUAAAUUCCCACCUUGGUGGAAGAGGGGAAAAAAGCAUAAACUGUAAUUGGAAAAGGGUCACUUACUGGGCGUAGACAAUAACAGUGGAGAGAGGGAGGAAGAGAGCGGGGGAGAGGGAGGUAGAUGAAUGGAGUGAGAGAGGUGAAGAAAGGACCGGAGUAUCGAGAGAGAGAGCGGGGAGAGGGAUAGAGAGAGGCGAAGACGGGGAAAGAAGGGAGGGGGAAGAGAGAGGAGGGUACCUGUACGUCUGAAGCGGGGGAACCACCACCCAUAACCACUUGAGGGGUGAACAGUAAGGAUAGCUGAAUAUCAUCACUGACAGCUGGUCUGGGCUAGCUGAGGACCAUCCUUGUGGAUUGCAGAAGCCAGAAGCUCCUGCUUUUCUUGGCUGUUCGCUGUGGCUGCCAGUCUGACCGUCUGUCUGUCUAUCAGAGAGAGGAGAGGACAAAGUGAAGAUAUAACCCGGGACAGAUUUAUGAGUGCAUCCCUGCCGGUUUUGACUGAAACCAGAUAGAAGGGGAGAUGACAAGAAAGGAGAGGAGAUGAGAGGAAAAGAAAGAGACCCUAGAACGGUAGAGGGGAGAGGUCAAGAGAAGGCCCAAAGACAAAGGAAAGGCGAAGAAAGGAGUAUCCUCAUCUUCUUCCUCUUCUUUAUCUCUGUGGGUCUCUAACCUACGCGUACUGAACCACUCAUUUGACUGACAGUUCAUGACCUCUUUGUGACUCUGCCUCCAGUAACAUACUGUAUCACAUGGCAAAGACGGAACUAUCCUAUAGGAUGACAUCGGAAGAAAUGCCUGCACUCACUCUCUUCUGCUGCACAGGGUGAACCACUUUUACCUCUCAACAGUCCAUAGCAUCUGCCGGCCCCAUUUCGCUCCCCACCCCUUCCCGUUGGCCCUAAUCCUUCGAUGUUUGCCGAUCUUAAUGCUCUGUAUGGGUAUAAGCAGUGUAAUGGUUGAGCGUCCACCAUAUUGCUUCCACCUUACAGACAUAGGGCCACGGUGAAGGGUUAGGGAGAACAUUUGGACUGGCUGUGCAUCUCUUUAUACUUUACCCUGUUCAUGUGUAUUUAUGGUAAUUGAAACUAAGACACAGAUGGUUAGACUUCAUAGAAAGUUCAUAAAUCAAGCAACUCAUGUCAAUUACCACAUGGGCUUUUUGCAUAUGCCCUGCGAAUCCAUUAAGGUGUCUCCUCUACCAGCUGCAGACCAUUUGUAACCUGAUUGCUUAUUGCCGAAUCCACUCAGUUCCAUUUGCAUACAAUAGGGAGUGAUUGUUGAUUCGUCUUCCCCUCCCUCAUUCCGUGUCUCUCCGUCGCUCACCUCGGGACUCUGUCAUAUCUGUCGGCUUUGAUGUUUUUUGUGUCCUCGUCUCGCAGUAGUCCCCCGAGGUGGCGUGAACAAACUGUUUUGUUUCCCUUGUUUGCUGUUCCAAGUGUACACACACCACCAGGCUCGGUAUUGUCAUUUCAACAGCUGUCUGGAAAAGUGCGCGCUGGUGGCAGCAGUGGAAUUCACGCGCACUGGUGGCAACGGUGGAGCAUUUUUCUCCACGUAAAUGACUGGCUUCGUCAGCUCCUGCCGGGAGAUUCCAUUACGGCACAAACAGAGUGAAUGAAAGAGAUUGAACGAAAGUAAAGACAAAAGAUAUGCAAAAUAGGUCCCAUGUAGGCAGUGAGGAAAGGAAGAUGAAAAAGAACUGGACAAUGCUGGCCUGUUGAGGGAUAUUUGUGUUGCUGCUUGCUUUUUCCCUGAAGUAACUUACUUGACUUUCAUAGCACAUUGACUGUAAUGAUAUCAUUUCAUCAACUAAUUAUCUUUGCUAUUGGUAACUGAUACAGGGUAAUACCUAUAGGUAUCGUUAACAAUAUAGAUGGGUUGAAUACGUUUACCAAAACUAAUGUAGCUGAUUAUUAUAAUAAUUUGUGUCAAGCCACCUCAAGUACACUGUUGCUGUGUUGUUUUCAAUGGAGACUAUUCUCUUCAGAGAAAGAGUGAGCAUAAAGUCUACUCUAACCAUGCAAUGUUGAGCAUGCCUAUUGUAAGGAGGUUGUAUUGGGCUCAGGUGGUGCUAUCGCAGCCGUUGAGUCCAAAUCACCUGAUGUGAGAGAUGAUGAAUGUCUAGCCUGGUUGGCUCUCUCAAUCCCAAACUGAGCAUUACUCUGUCUGUCUUUCUCCGUCGUAGCUUUCAUUUGUCCCCUGCCGAUGUUACCAGAAUCACAGGAGCUAACACCCUCAACCCCCGAGGCACUUCUGUAAAUCUGAAAUGAUUGGAUAGGUAUAAGCAUAUAGGCCUACAUGUAUAAAGGCUAAUUCAGUGUCCACAGUCGCAGAGCCGGCGGUCCAUUGUGACAUACUGUAUCUACGCGGCUCUGAGACCACCGUCCGUGGGGGACCCACAGCCCAACCGUGCACCUCCCCAAAAUUCCCAACCAAUGUGGCUCCACUUAAGUGGCUUCUAUUAAUUUGAAUGUGGUGACGUUUGGAGAAAUUGCUUGAGCCACGCUGAGAUUCUGAGAAAGUAUAAAACCCAACAGUCCCAAUAUUCUAGAACGCGGCUGUGCGGACGCUUACACAUUUUGGACUCCACUGAUAAGCACUUAAGUCAUCAUUCCACAAGUGGAUAGGUGCAAGUUGUCCAUUUUGAACUGGGCCAGCUGUGUUUACCGGAGUCGUAUUCACUAGGCACAAAACAGAAGAAAACUGACUGAAACAGGGAAGGCCUACCUGAACCUGUCCAAUAAGAAACUCUUCCGUUUUUUGCUACAGUAUGAAUAAUGAAUAGGACCCUGGCUUCCUUUCCCAUUGAUGCUUCCUUCAUAUGUUUCCCUAAGGUCAGGGAGAUAUUGAUCUAGACGGAUUGAAAUAAUGUCCUUGAUCAGCUUUAUACCUGAUGUCUCGCUCUGCUGUCCCGACCAAGCACCAACACACUUCACACAGUCCGUGUUAAUACCACACUCUGGUACACAGGAGGAGAUGCUCCCAUUAACCUUGGCAUCCCUUCCAAUGCAGCUGUCUUCACCUCACACUCUCCACACCAUUGAUUACUGCUAAUGCAAUUCUAUUGAUAGCACCAUCUCUAUCUCUCCCCCCUCUCUCUCUAUCUCUCCCGCCCUAUAGGAACGAAGAUGCUAUCAACCAGAUGGCUGUUCCCCCCUUCCCAACCCCUCCUUCUGUCCUCUCCUCCACUGAGGUGAGUCAAAUUCUCACACACACAUACACACACUCUUAUGGCCGUGUGGUCAUCCAGAAGCUGAGAGAGCAUGGCACUAGCCAUGACGUUAUGCGAUAGCAUCUGCUUAGGCCAAAACACACACACCUCCAAAAGCAACAGAACAACAACUGACAUCUAGCUGAAAUCGUAGGCCCUUGGUCAAAAAUUUAGCCUUCUAAUCCAAAACAUGCACGUUUUUAUUUGUGCAUAUCCAAUCAGUGCACUUAUCUGAAAAUAUGGACUGUUAUUCAAUUGGAAGAAAUGGUAGUGCAGUUGACAACUUUCUACUUUGAAUGUGUUUUCUCCAUGUAUCAACACCAUCAUCAUCAUCAUCACCACCAUCAUGAUCAUCACCAUCAUCACCACCAUAAUCAUCAUUAUGAUUAUCAUUGUCCCAGGCUCAUCCCCCCACACCAGCAGCAGCAGCUGUAUCGGCCUUGGCCCCUACUGAGAAGCCCCAACCUCCAGAGAGCCUGGUCCUCAGCAGGGGCCCCCUGGAGGCCUCCAUCUCUAUCAGCAAGGUAAGAGGCUCCACUCCCCACACUCUGUUACCUGUCCGGGGUCGUGUUAAUUAGGCACCAAACGUAAGAAAGCAGACGGGAACAGGAAGGGAUUACCUGGACCUGUUUUCCGUUGCAAAAAAGUUUUCUAUCUGUCUUUUUUGUACAUUUUCUGCCAGUGUCUUGGUCAUUCUGUGGCUCUGACCUCUCUCGAUUUCUCUCUCAUUCGCUCGCACACACCACUCACACACACAGGAGCAGUCCAGUGUUGGCUCCAGUGGGAGCACAGCUAUGGAGCUCGUCUCCAGAGAAGCAACGCUCAAGAGCCUCCGAGAGGGAGAAACCGCAUCCAAGGUCAGCUGACAGGAAGCCCCUUUGUCACUUCCUCUUUGCACUCUACACGUCCCGCCCAGCCCUGAGAGCCUCAGUGUGCAGACCUUUGCAGCACCCCUAACUAAUGCACUUUCCUCUUUGAAGUUUGCCACAGGCCCAGUUCACUUUCCUUUUUGAAGGCCUAACUUAUAUGUAUAGAGACAUAGGGCACUAGUCAAUUCAAUCCUGUGAGCUACUGUGCGCACACGUGUGUGUCUGUGUUCAUGCAUGUACUUCUGUGUGCUCUCUGCAGAAGGUCAAGGCCUCUGAGAAGGGGGUGGAGUCUUUGGAGAGUGUGCCUGUGCCGGUUGCCAAGGCCCUCCUGGAGCAGGUGAGCAUGACAGUGGAUUUGGGUUACCUAUUACACGAGGCAAUGUAGGGCAUUCCUCAGCACUCCAUGUAGGGCACUGGACUCUGCUCUAUGUGGAGGGGAGAGUGAAGCAGAACGAGCUCAUAGUAUCAGACAACGUGUGUUUAAAAUUGAACAGUAAAAUACAUUAUUCAGUUAUUCACAACUAUUUUCUGGGCAAAGAUCUGGUAAAAUAUUGACUACGAUUUCUGUUGUGUUUAUGCCGUUGGCGUGUGUGCACAUGUGUGUGUGUGUGCGUGUGUGUGUGUGUGUGUGUGUGUGUGUGUGCGUAGACUGCCAGCCUGUCCAAGAUCUCACAGAGCUCCAGUAAGCCAGUGGUGAGCACUGUGGACGGAGGGCUGGUGUCCCCCGCUGCCUCCUCCCUGCCCUCCUCCUGCACCGGUCCAGACUACUGCAGCAAAGGUAUGGACCCCUCCUAACCACCUCCUCCCCGGAGCCACACUCGCAACUAGCAGUCCAUUCACAGUACAGCGCUAGGGAACAACUAAGCCUUUUACUCAACAUCAACUGUCUGUAUUAAUUUCUCUAUUAAAUUCACUGUGCAACACGUUGUAAAUCAACUCAUCUGUUUAUAUGCAUUAUACAUUGGAUUGCGUAAUAUUAAUUAUAAAUAUGACUCCAACAAACAAAAAUAUCAACUCUGUUGCCUUGACGUUUUAUUACAGAAUCUCUCUCUCUCUCCAUCCUUCCCCCUCCCUCUCUCUCCAGUAGACCCAGCCACGUGUCCUAUCGUUCCAGGCCAGGAGAUAGUCAUAGAGAUUGCCAAGGGUCGCUCUGGCCUGGGCCUCAGCAUCGUAGGGGGCAAAGAUACACAGCUGGUAAGAUGACUAACUCUACUUGUGUGUGUGACUGGUUAUGUGAACUGGAUCCUAUGUCAACAGUCAACAACGGACACCAAGAAGGAUGUUAACUUGACAUUGGAUUUGAUAUAGGCUAAUGAAACGGCAUGACACGAGCCAGGUCUGCCUUAUGUAUACCCUUUAAAAUAAAGUGGAACCGUUUAUUGAUUUGCUGGUACCCAGUCUGUUGUAGUCGACCUCUGUUAGGUUUAUUUGAAGUUACAGCGUAUUGUCUCUGUCUCAGCGAAAGGUGAGAGCCACAGCCACACUGCAGAGAGUGGUCUAGCGUGCUCUCUCGCUCUUUCUUUCUUUCUCUCUCUCGCUGUCUCUCCCUCUCACACUGCUACUCUCCUCAGUCUUCUGAGAGCACACAGCAGAAGCCUCAGGCCACGUGCUAUUUAAUUGAAUGCUCUGUAGCCGUGUUGCCCAAGGACAGCAUUGAGAGAUGCAUUCACUUUGUUUCCACUGAUCUUUCCAGAGGCUUUCAGUCCAGUUAGUCAUAUAGCCUAGCUUUGAUUCGCUCUGUUUGUCUCUCGCUCUUGCUCUUGCUCGCUCUCUCUCUCUCUCUCUCUCUCUCUCUCUCUCUCUCUCUCUCUCUCUCUCUCUCUCUCUCUCUCUCUCUCUCUCUCUCUCUCUCUCUCUCUCUCUCUCUCUCUCUCUCUCUCUCUCUCUCUCUCUCUCUCUCAUUCAAUAUGAUUUAAUGGCAUGAAUGACAAGGUCAAUGUUGCCAAAGCGAAGUCAUACUCAUAACAAUUAUGAAAACAACAGCGAUAACAAUAAGAAUCGAAGCUAUAAUACUAAAGAGAAACAUAUUGAUUUAUAUAUAUUGAUUUAUACGCAAAAAUAUCGGUCGGAACCAGUACCAGAACCACGCAGCUUACAUCUAAGAGGUUGCCUUAAGUAACCUCCUGUCUUAUGUAACCAUACCAAACCCUUCAAAUCAUACUAAUUUGAGUGUCUCGGAUUUAUGUUUACUAUGUUACGUCUAGUCUGAGACCAGGCUGAUAUUUUAUGUGGUUGAAAUACUGUCAGCUUGCAUAACAGUGUCAAAGAUAACACAUUACAUGUGCAUAUGCAAAUUCUCAAGAGAUGCUGAAAGAAAGAAAUCAUAUUUCUCCACUCCUGUUCCCAAGACAAAAUGAACUUUUGUUCUAUAAUUUUACUGCAAGAAAUGCAUUAUUCUACAGGAGUUAAUGUUAUAUUAUGCUACAUGUGAGAGGUUAUAGGCCUACAGUCAGUGCCCAGAUUUCAGUUACUAUUCCAUUUAACCCAAAUAUGAACUUAAAUUAGGAAUAUUCUGUUUAUUCAUGGUAACAGGGAUACUUGUGAUCGGGAUAUCAAAGGUGCAUGUAAACAGCUUAUCCCAAAUAAGACCUUGAGUGGGAUAUGAGCUACUAUCCGAAAUACUGUGCGCAUGUAAACGUGGUCACUAAUGAUGUAUUUGGUUUUUUCUUUAUAUAUAUAUUUUUUUACAUGGUUUAAGUAUUCAGCUAAAUGCAUGCACAGUAGUGCUGAGCGAUUCUUUUAUCAUAUGAAGUUUUUAUUUUUUCACACCUUUUUAUCCCCAAUUUUGUGAUAUCCAAUUGGUAGUUACAGUCUUGUCCCAUCACUGCAACUCCCGUAUGGACUCAGGAGAGGUGAAGGUCGAGAGCCGUGCAUCCUCCGAAACACGACCCUGCCAAGCCGCACUGCUUCUUGACACACUGCUCACUUAACCCGGAAGCCAGCCGCACCAAUGUGUCGGAGGAAACGCUGUACAACUGGCGACCGAAGUCAGCGUGCAUGCGCCCAGCCUGCCACAAGGAGUCGCAAGAGCACGAUGGGUUAAGGACAUCCCGGCCUGCUAAACCCUCCCCUAACCCGGACGACGCUGGGCCAAUUGUGCGCCGCCUCAUGGGUCUCCCGGUCGCGGCUGGCUGCGACACAGCCUGGGAUCGAACCCACUUAUUAACCAUCAUUUGUUCACAUUACUUUACUUUAAUAAAAUAUUUCAGCUAAUGUGUAAUAUUUCAGUUGUUGUUGUGUAUACAUUUGUUUUAUUUUACUUUAUUAUUUUAGUCCAAGUCCACCUAUAUAGUAGCUGGCUAUAGAGCUGCUGCCUAUGUUGUCUGACCAAAUCACUAUUUCAGUAGUCUUUCAAAGUAAAUAAGGCAUACUUUUAUGACUGCUGAAUACCAACUAUCAAUCACUUAGAUCAUGUAUUGUCGGGUAGAAAUGCCUCGCGAAACAACAACCGCUCUCUAUCCCUCUCGAUAGUGCGUUCUUAGGUCGUAAACGAUUGUCGGAUGUCUUGGCUCGUUCAGUGUGACAGAAUUUUAAGUACCUCUGUGCGGUCGUAGGCUCCGACAAAGUUCUGACAGUGUUAGAAAUCUUAAGCUUUUAUCGCAGGGUUUCCCAAACUCGGUCCUCGGGACCCCAAGGGGUGCACGUUUUGGUUUUUGCCCUAGCAUUACACAGAUGAUUCAAAUAAUCAACUAAUCAUCAAGCUUUGAUUAUUUGAAUCAACUGUGUAGUGUUAGGGCAAAAAACAAAAUGUGCACCCCUUGGGGUCCCUAGGACCGAGUUUGGGAAACGCUGCUUUAUCGUGUAGUGUGGCUGGUGUUAUGAGCCGAUCCCAGUGACUGACCAAUAGGAACCUGGCCGGCACGGAGUAUGCAUACAAAAUAAUACGAUUAACCUAUUGUGAAUAGUAUGAUUCAUAUAAUAGUUUGAUUUUAACGUUUACAUGCUUUGCAAGAAGAAUGAUUUCCCUAAUAAUCUUGUUUACAUGACACAUCUGAAAUCAGGCUACCUGAUGGGAUUUUGAUAAAUGCCGAAAAUCUAUAUAAACUCUUUCUUUCUCUCCUGUCUUUAUUUCUCUCCUCUAUCUCUCUCGCCCUUCGUCACACCUUGUCUAAGAAGUCUGUUAGAUUUGCAACAGAGAGCAUGUUAUUUUUGGGAAGCCUGAGUUUUCCCGAACUCACUUCACUCGCGCAUAAGCAUAGAGGGAGGCUUGCGCUGCUGGUGCUAGCACAUGCGCAGAUAAAAUACACUGCAGUUGGCGUAGCCUACGUCGGCUGACGUGGCCUUGCAAGCAGAAUGUGAUGACAAAACUAAAGAAAUCGUACGAUUUGGCCAGGUUGAUAUCAAGAUAAAAAUUUGGUAACAUCCCACAGUGUGAUGUAAUAAUCAUAAAGGCUGAAUCCGGCGUACGGUGUGGGAAGACCUUAAGGAGAAGUCUCCUUCCAAUGUUCAAUAGCAUUCCAUCUUUCUCUGACCUUCGACCUCACUCCGCCAAUAGUUGAUGCAUUCUUAUUAUUCUCCUCCAGAUGUCUAAAUAUUGUGUUAAUUUCAAUAUUGUGUUUUUGGGCCAGUUUUGUUAAGGGUUCACUGUGGGCAGAGACUGUUGUCCAUAAAUGCUCUCUGCUUGUAUGAACCUUUGUUGGAUUGGGUGUACCCAGAAUUUGCUUGCCCUUUUUUCAGUGGGCAGUAGAAGAGGAAGUCUUCCUAAUGUUUUUGCAAAAUUCAAGCUGCAGUUUUUGUGUGGGUGUUUUGUGGGUGGUGCUCGCUCGCUCGCUCUCUCUCUCAAUAAUCGGUAUUGAGGGUUCAUAUCAAUUGCUGUCGUUUGAAAGUGCUGUAAAUGAGAACGGUUUAGGCAGGUGUGAGUGGUUAGGUCUAUCAGUUGCUAAAAGCAGUCCAAAUGUCCUAUUCACGAUCUCCAUCAUAUCCCCUCUUUUCUCUCCGUCUCUACCCCACCCCCCUAUUCUACCUCUCGCUUCUUCUCCUCUCUCUUGCUCUCUCUAUCCAUCUCUGUCUCUCUCUAGGAUGCUAUAGUGAUCCAUGAGGUGUAUGAGGAGGGGGCGGCGGCACGCGACGGACGACUCUGGGCUGGAGAUCAGAUCCUGGAGGUUAGUCUCUCUCUUUCUUUCUUUCUUUCUCUCUCGCUCUCUCAAUCUCCUUUUUCUCUCCCUCUCUCCAUCAGUCUCGCUCUUUCUUUUCUCUUUGUCUCUUGCUCGCUCGCAUUCUCUCCCGCUCUCUUUCUUGCUCUCUCUCUCGCCUCUUUCUUUCUCUCCUCUUUCUCUCUCCCUUCGUCACACCUUUUCUAACAAGUCUGUUAACUGUGCAACAGAGAGGAACAUAGAAUACAUACAGACAUCACUGCACCUUUUACAUCAAUGCACAUGGUCGUGUCAUGUUCCUCGGUGCACUAAACUAAGACAAUGUCUCCCUCUACUGGAAUUAGACAGGCCGUGGUGAAAACAUUUGCACACAAAAAAGGAGGACUUCAGGAGAGUCUCAAGUUGGAUUUCAUUUGAUUUAAUAAAAUUGACCAUGAAUAUUGCAGCCCAUUUGUGUAGGCUAUUAGCCAGACAAAACCUGCUGAGUUAAACAAUAAAUAGUGGCUGAAUUUAUUAUUCCUCAUUGUUAGGCUAUUUGAUGUGGAAUUUUUAUUUUAAACAGUUUAUAAAUAGCAGCUAAAUACUGUAUAUAGGUGGGAGAACUCCAACCUUGCGGGGUCCAGAGAAACUGAGUUCCACCGGUGUACGUGUGUGUGUGUGUGUGUGUGUGUGUACGCCCAUCCAGGUGAAUGGUGUGGACCUGCGCAGCGCUGCCCACGAGGACGCCAUCGCAGCCCUACGGCAGACCCCGGCCAAGGUGUGUCUGACGGUGCUACGGGACGAGGCGCAGUACCGCGAUGAGGAGAACCUGGACGUGUUCAGUGUGGAACUGCAGAAGAAGGCUGGCCGCGGCCUGGGCCUCAGUAUCGUUGGCAAGAGGUACAGUUGCUACUCUGACACACACAUAGGCUGCAUCCCCAUUCUCCUGAUUCUCACAAAGUGUGCACUACUGCAUUUGCACACUCCCCGUCGUAGAUUUAACAAUGGUGGAAACUCCCUCUAGCCCAUGCUUACACCAAUCCAAUGUUUUUAAAUCCAUGACCGGAAGUAUGCAAGUGUACACUUUGGGAGGAGGGUGGAGAAUUGGUUUGCAACUUUCUUGUGUCUCCACUGCAGGAGUUUCACCACAAACAGGGAGUUUAAUGUUAACUAGCAAGAGGUGUAAGGAGGAACUGUGCUGUAGCCAUUCGCACAAUGUUCUUGCACACGUGGGAUUUGUUAUUUUGUUAUCUACGUGAUCUCCAUCAAACGGCAAUGAAGGGUUAACCAGCAUUUGCUCAGGCUUACAAUGUCAGAUGUGAAAAUGUUUGUUGUAAUUCUUUGCAAUACAUUGGCUCGGCACCUGUUCAAAUGGCUGUUGGUCUGUGUGCACUGUAGGAAUGGCACGGGGGUGUUCAUCUCGGACGUGGUGAAAGGGGGCGCUGCCGAGCUGGACGGCCGACUGAUGCAGGGGGACCAGAUCCUCUCUGUCGAUGGAGAUGACAUGAGGCAGGCUUCGCAGGAGACGGUGGCCGCCAUUCUCAAGGUAAGGGGAUGGGACAGACGUAUAGGCUCAACGUCACACCAGCAAACAACUACAUAGACUUGUAGACAUAGACUUGAUAUACCAAAUGCACACAUACACACACACAGAACUGCCGUUAUAGACCAAACAAAUACUGUGCAAUUACAGAUCAAAUAAACCACAGCUGCAGUCACAGACAAAACAAAUAACUACAGUGUAGUCACAGACAAAACAAAUAAUCACAGUUGUCACGGACAAAACAAAUAAUCACACUCGUCACAGACAAAACAAAUAAUCACAGUCGUCAUGGACAAAACAAAGAAUCACAGUCGUCACAGACAAAACAAAGAACAAUAGUCACAGACAAAACUAAUAACAAUGGUAGUCAUAGACAACACAAAUAACUACAGUAGUCAAACUAAAACCCAUAACAACAGCUAAUACUUGCCUUAAAAUAACACAAUCAAACAAACAUCCCUCUCACCGUCACAGACCAAGACAAUACCCAGCCUGUCCGUAACCACCAAACUCUUCUUCCUUCUACCAGAAGGGGUCACCAUUAGUACUGUUAUUGUCAAAGGCUGCAGAGCUCUUAAGAAGUGGUGUGCUUUUAGCUGCAGCGGAGGGGCGUUCCAGGGUGGUUGUUCUGGCUACAGUUGUGGAGUCCUUUUAAAGUGGGUGCUUUGUGGACAGAUGCUACAGUGGUGUAACCUUUGCCAGUACCCUUACUGAAGUAUGUAGUAGUAUUCAACUUCUUGCUUCCAUCUAUGACCUGGAGUGGGUAUCCUGGCUGCAGUUGGGCAUUAAAUGGGUUGUAUUGUUGUCUUAGUAUUGCACUGUCUGUGUACCAAAUGGCACCCUAUUCCCUAUAUAUAGUGCACUAUGUAGGGAAUAGGGUACCAUUUGGGACGCGACCUAUGAAGUGGAGACCCUGUAAGAUUGAAGUGCGUGUCCUGUCCUCUGUAGUGAACUUGGAAGUGGAGAUUCCACCAGGUUGUAUCAGCCAGUCAUCAGCCAGUUGUUCACUAGGAUGUGGAGACUCUGUAAGGCUAGUCCCUAGCUGCUCUGCUCUGGUAGUGACAUGCUGUGCUGUUGCGCUACCUGUGCCUCUGCAGUGUGCCAGGGGGAUGGUGCUCCUAGAGCUGGGCCGACUGAAGGCUGCCUCCUGGAUCUCUUCCAGACACACCUCCCAGGGAAGCCAGGUGUGUGUGUGUGCGUGAACUCGCCGGAGGAGUGUGUGUGCGGCCAUUCUCACCCCCGCUGCCUGGGAGCUUGCAUGCAGAAGCUCAGUCACACUGACUCACCCUGGCUGCUGUGUCAUUAAUACCCCUGACUCACCUCCUCCUCCUCGCUCCAUUCAUGUCAUGCAUGGGAGCCAAAAUGGCCGCCUGCUGGACGUUUACCAGACUCAUUCUGGUGUCAACUGUGUGUCACUGACUCACUCACCCAGCCAAACUCACCGCCACCGGGCAGCAUGCCUCAGUGUGUGUUUUCUCCUGACUGGAUCAUAGCUCUGUUUCCCCUCCCUCUCUCCCUCCCUCCAACAGAUGAGCCACGUGAUUGCCAACAGCACAAUCGUCACGCCCCAGCCCCUGCUAAACUCCACCCCCUCCACCUCUCAGCUCCUCAACAAUGCCAGGAAGCCCAUGACGGAGAGCAUGACCUCAUCAAAGAGUGCAGGUAGGACCACUUUGCUCUCCUGGAUUGGAACCUAGCCUCUCCGUCUGACCAUUCGUACUGCACUUUUGGUAUUUGAAGUGCUGAGCUCUGAGAACCAGGGUUGGAUAUCAGUCAGUUCCCUGUGUAAUGCCCCUCUGUCUCUCUCCCUCUCUCCAUGUAUAGGAGCAGAGAUGGGUAUGCGCACUGUGGAGAUCACACGGGUAAAUUGAUCACUCCUCUUCUGUUCAGUUCAUAACAAUGAUUGCUGUGAUCAUCAGAAGAUGAGGAGUCACCAACCAAACAAAUCACCCUUCUCCUUCCCUCUCUCUCAGGGUCCUACUGAUGCGUUGGGGAUCAGUAUAGCUGGGGGGAAGGGCAGUCCUCUUGGGGAUAUCCCCAUCUUCGUGGCUAUGAUCCAGGCCAACGGGGUGGCAGCCAAGACACACAGGCUCAAGGUUUUGUGUGUGUGUGUGUGUGUGUGUGUCUGUGUGCGUGCCCCACCAUCCCCUUACUGUCUAUAAUCUCUCACCAUGGUGUUUGUGUCCUCCAGGUGGGAGAUAGAAUAGUGAGUAUCAACGCUCAGUCUCUGGAUGGCAUGUCCCAUGGGGAUGUGGUCACCAUGCUGAAGAAUGCCUACGGCAGCAUCAUUCUCCAGGUGGAAACACACACUGCAAGCAUGCUCAUGCGCACUCAUGCAUGGAACUCAUGCACACACACCAGACACACACACACAUAUACACUCACCGGCCAGUUUGUUAGGUACACCACCCCAUUCAUGAAAAUGGAUCGCUCUUACAGACAGUGGGUCACGUGGCCGUGGCUUGUUAUUUAUAUAUAUAUAUAAAGCAGGACAGGUAUCGAGGCAUUCAGUUACUGUUUGAUUGAACUUUAGAAGGGGCAAAACGAGUGACCUAAGCGUGGUAUGAUCGUCGGUGCCAGGCACACCGGUUCCAGUAUCUCAGAAAUGGCCAGCCUCCUGUGCUUUUCACACACUACCGUGUCUAGGGUUUACCGCGAAUGGUGCGACAAACAAAAAACAUCCAGUCAGCGGCAGUCCUGUGGUUGAAAACAGCUCGUUGAUGAGAGGUUGAAGGAGAAUGGCAGGAAUCGUGCAAGCUAAUAGGAGGGCCACAAACAGACAAAUAACGGCACAGUACAACAGUGGUGUGCAGAACGGCAUCUCGGAAUGCACAACUCGUCAGUCCUUGUCAAGGAUGGCUAUUGCAGCAGAAGACCACACCGGGUUCCACUCCUAUCAGCUAAAAACGCGAUCACCAACACUGGAGGGCUAAGGAAGUCUUGAGGUUUUGCUCACCUGAGGUAGAGUAUCUCAUGAUAAGCUGUAGACCACACUAUUUACCAGGAGAGUUUUCAUCUAUAUUUUUUGUAGCUGUCUACCUAUCCCCACAAACCGAUGCUGGCACUAAGAUUGCACUCAAUGAGCUGUAUAAGGCCAUAAGCAGACAGGAAAACGCUCAUCCAGAGGCAGCGCUCCUAGUGGCCGGGGGACUAUAAUGCAGGGAAACUUAAAUCCGUUCUGCCUAAUUUCUAUCAGCAUGUUAAAUGUGCAACCAGAGGGGAAAAAAACUCUAGACCACCUUUACUCCACACACAGAGACGCAUACAAAGCUCUCCCUCGCCCUCCAUUUGGCAAAUCUAACUCUAUCCUCCUGAUUCCUGCUUAUAAGCAAAAACGAAAGCAGGAAGCACCAGUGACUCGGUUGAUAAAAAAGUGGUCAGAUGACGCAGAUGCUAAGCUACAGGACUGUUUUGCUAGCACAGACUGGAAUAUGUUCCGGGAUUCUUCAGAUAGCAUUGAGGAGUACACCACAUCAGUCACCGGCUUCAUCAAUAAGUGCAUUGAUGACGUCGUCCCCACAGUGACUGUACGUACAUACCCCAACCAGAAGCCAUGGAUUACAGGCAACAUCCGCACUGAGCUAAAUGGUAGAGCUGCUGCUUUCAAGGAGCGGGACUCUAACCCAGACGCUUAUAAGAAAUCCCGCUAUGCCCUCCGACGAACCAUCAAACAGGCAAAGAGUCAAUACAGGACUAAGAUUGAAUCGUACUACACUGGCUCUGACGCUCGUCGGAUGUGGCAGGGCUUGAAAACUAUUACAGACUACAAAGGGAAGCACAGCCGCUAACUGCCCAGUGACACAAGCCUACCAGACGAGCUAAAUCACCUCUAUGCUCGCUUCGAGGCAAGCAACACUGAAGCAUGCAUGAGAGCAUCAGCUGUUCCGGAUGACUAUGUGAUCACGCUCUCCGUAGCCGAUGUGAGUAAGACUUUUAAGCAGGUCAACAUUCACAAUGCCGCAGGGCCAGACAGAUUACCAGGACGUGUACUCCGAGCAUGCGCUGACCAACUGGCAAGUGUCUUCACUGACAUUUUCAACAUGUCCCUGACUUAGUCUGUAAUACCAACAUGUUUCAAGCAGACCACCAUAGUCCCUGUGCCCAAGGACACUAAGAUAACCUGCCUAAAUGACUACCGACCCAUAGCACUCACGUCUGUAGCCAUGAAGUGCUUUGAAAGGCUGGUCAUGGCUCACAUCAACACCAUUAUCCCAGAAACCCUAGACCCACUCCAAUUUACAUACCGCCCCAACAGAUCCACAGAUGAUGCAAUCUCUAUUGCACUCCACACUGCCCUUUCCCACCUGGACAAGAGGAACACCUACGUGAGAAUACUAUUCAUUGACUACAGCUCAGCAUUCAACACCAUAGUGCCCUCAAAGCUCAUCACUAAGCUAAGGAUCCUGGAACUAAACACCUCCCUCUGCAACUGGAUCCUGGACUUCCUGGCGGGGCGCCCCCAGGUUGUAAGGGUAGGUAACAACACGUCUGCCACGCUGAUCCUCAACACAAAGGACAUGAUUGUGGACUACAGGAAAAAAAAGAGGACUGAGCACGCCCCCAUUCUCAUCAACGGGGCUGUAGUGGAACAGGUUGAGAGCUUCAAGUUCCUUGGUGUCCACAUCACCAGCGAACUAUCAUGGUACAAACACACCAAGACAGUCGUGAAGAGGGCACGACAAAACCUAUUCCGAAAAGAUUUGGCAUGGGUCCUCAGAUCCUCAAAAGGUUCUACAGCUGCACCAUCGAGAUCAUCCUGACUGGUUGCAUCACCGCCUGGUAUGGCAACUGCUCGGCCUCCGACCGCAAGGCACUACAGAGGGUAGUGCGUACGGCCCAGUACAUCAGUACAUCACUGGGGUUAAGCUUCCUGCCAUCCAGGACCUCUAUACCAGGCGGUGUCAGAGGAAGGCCCUAAAAAUUGUCAAAGACUCAAGCCACCCUAGUCAUAGACUGUUCUCUUUGCUACCGCACGGCAAGCGGUACCGGAGCGCCAAGUCUAGGUCGAAAAGGCUUCUCAACAGCUUCUACCCCCAAGCCAUAAGACUCCUGAACAGCUAAUCAUGGCUACCCGGACUAUGUGCACUGACCUUUAUUUUUUCUUAAUUAAAACUUUAUUUUACAUUUUACUUUUUUUUUUAAACUGCAUUGUUGGAUAAGGGCUUGUAAAUAAGCAUUUCACUGUAAUGUCUACACCUGUUGUAUUCGGCGCAUGUGGCAAAUAAAAUUUGAUUUGAUUUGGACAAUUGAGGAGUGGAAAAACAUUGCCUGGUUCGACGAAUCCCGGUUCCUGUUCCGUCAUGCUAAUGGCAGAGUUAGGAUUUGGCGUAAGCAGCAUGAGUCAAUGGUCCCAUCCUGCCUGGUGUCAACGGUACAGGCUGGUGGCGGUGGUGUACUGGUGUGGGGAAUGUUUUCCUGGCACACGUUAGGUCCCUUGAUACUAAUUGAGCAACGAACGUUUCCGACACGUUGUAGAGUCCAUGCCCUGAAGAAUUCAAUAAAGGGGUCUGACCCCGGUACUAGAUAAGCUGUACCUAAUAAACUGGCCAGUGACUGUUUACACACACACACACACACACACACACACUAACACCCCAACCCACUCAUAUUUUGUAUGGCCAAAUAAGGGGCCCCAAUGUGACCACAUUGUUUUAUAAUUGCAGAUUAUUUUACAUCCAUCAAAUACAUAUUCCCUAAUAAGGAAAAAAUAUGCCAUUUUAUUUACAGAUAUGUAAAAAAUACAUUUUCCAAAUAUAAAUCCUUAAACUUUAUUUGACUAUGAUGUGUAUGUAUUUAUCAAUGGUGUAUGCACAUACUGUGUGCAGUAGAAAAUACUGCCGUGUGUUUGUGCACACACACACCCGCCCAUACACUGUGUGGUUAUCAGCUCUGUGCAGCCGGCUGGCAGUUUGGCGCACUGGGACAGAUAAUCCCAGGCCUUUAUGCUAAUGCAGCUUUAUCAGUCCAGCUCCAGAAGCCUCAACACUGGGCUGUUACACUGGGCUAGCCCUGCUGCCUAGCGCUGAUUACACCACACACACACCACCCAGGACACCUAGCAAUUACUGUAGACAACUAACCCCCUCCCUCCUCACACCUCUUUCUCUCUCCGUGUCUGACUCGAUCUCUCUCUGCACCUCUCUCUCUCUUUCUAGUUCGCUCUCUGUUUCUAUCUCUUUCGCUGUCUCUCACUCUUUCUCACUCCUUCUCCCUCUCUCUCUCUCUCCAUAAAGAAGGUGUCAGUAAGAUAAGUGCAGGCGAUGGCUGGGGAGCGUUCCACUAAUGUUCCCUCGCACAGCCAACAAGUCGUCCGUUAAUUAGCCUUUGUUUGUUGUUGUUUUCAUAUUUUAAUUGCCUCCCACUUGAUUAAAUAUGGAAAUGAAAUGAUGCUGACGACGUCGCCACCCUCUGUUGUUGGCUGACUGACUAUUUCAUUAAAAGAGAAAACUAAAACCUAACGAACAUAUUUUCCUUGCCAAAGAAGGAGCAGGAGAGAGAGAGGGAAAGGAGAAAAUGAUCAAUGAUAGCCACAUUAUGCUUUGUGUGGCUCUCUAUGACAUUGAACCAGGACUUUGAACUAGGAACCAUGUCUGUAGUACAUUACCAUUUUUAGUGAUUCUUUUCGAUUUGAAACACACAUCGCAUGUACCCUGAUAGACUCAUCCUCGUCUAUAACACACAAACACGUACACACCCACACACAAGCAGAGACAGAUUAUACCCUGUGAGUUCUAAUGUAAAAACGUAACACGUGCAUUGUUUUGUUUACUGUCAUUUGUGCAUACUAAUUUGUUUGUGUGUGUGUUGCAGGUAAUCGCCGACACCAACAUCACUGCCAUAGCCAGUCAGGUGGAGAGUAUGUCCACUAGCACCAGCCUUCCCAACAGCCCAGACUCACAGCCAGGGGAGCCAGAGUGAGUAGGAAUAAGUUGCUCCUAGACACUGAUCUAAGGUCAUUUUUGCAUUCUCCCCUAAUGGUUAAGGUUUGGAUUAGGGGAGGGUAAGCUGACCCUAGAUCUGUACAAUAACACAAUAUUAAUUACAUUAAAUUAAAAGAAGUGUAAAAAUAAUGGAUCCCAUUGUUUGAGCAAGUAGGACAAUAAAAGGCCCGGUGCAUCCUAGUCCUAACCCUCUGGUUCCUUCAUGUCUCUGCAGGGCCCCCAAGCCCAAGAGUAUUUCUCUGGAGAAGGGUUCUGACGGCCUGGGCUUCAGCAUCGUAGGGGGCUUCGGAAGCCCCCAUGGAGACCUGCCCAUCUACAUCAAGACUGUCUUCAGCAAGGUAACUAACUCCACUUUGCACCAUCACGCAUGCAUGCAGGGUAAUGUGGCUUAGUUUGCCAUAGGGCAUACUGUGUUUUUAUUUCCCCUCUGGGACACCAGAUGGCAGCAAUGUUCCUUCACCACAUACACACACAUUUAGACACACACAUAUAAUAUAACUAACCUUGUGGGGACACACAAUUCAGUCCCAUUCAAAAUCCUAUUUUUCCUAACCCUAAACAUAACCCUAACCCCAAACCUAACCUGAAUGAACUCUAACCCUAAAAAUAACCCUAGUUCUUAACACUAAACCUAAUUCUAAUUAUAACCCUAACUAACACAAAUUCUAACCUUAACCCUAAAACCCCUAGAAAUAGCAUUUGACCUUGUGGGGACUAACAAAAUGUCCCCAGUUGGUCAAAACAUUUUUUGUUUACUAUUCUUGUGGAGAAUUCUAGUCCCCACUAGUAUACUAAAACACGUCCACAUACAAACACAUUCACAAACAGAUCAGUGAUUACUUCUAAAAAGGAAGGAAGUUAAAGUGGAACUGACAGCAUUUUAGCAACAUGAAAUCUUAUUAAAAUCUGUUCAUAUAUACCCCCAGGAAGAAUAUGACACCUUUUUUAAAUAUUUUCUGACAAGCAAGCAUUUCAAUAUGGUCAUUUUCACGUUUUCAUAAAUUCAUAGAAUGUUUGGGAAUGACGUAUAGUAAGGCAUUUGUGAAAGUUCUAUAGCAAAAUAGAGUGGGAAAGCGGCUGUGCGUUUGGAUAAUUAAUAGACACUGCAGUAAAUAAAACCUAAUAAAAACAUCUGUCUCCUCCAGAACUGGAGUCUCCGCAGACCAGUGCACCAUAGCCAAUCACAGCUACAGUAGGCCUUUAUGCAAAUAACCAUUUGCCACAAGGACAUGCCAUCAUGUGUUUACAGGCAGUAGCAACAGCCUGACUUUAGAUUAUUAGAACGCAUUUGGCAAAAGCCACAAAAUACACCUGAAUGGAUUUCUGCAAAUAUGUAAAUACCACAUUUGGGAACUUUACUGUCAUAUUGAUCAAACAACCAUGAAAAGGUAGGCUCGCUCCCUCAGUUAUGCACAUCAAUAACUAAUGCUAGUCAGAGUGUUCAGAGCGCACACUGCACUAUUGACACUGGACACUCUGGCCGAGGAGUAGGGUUGAUCCGUGCGUUCCUCACAACGGCAGUCAGGCACCCAACCUAACUAGCUACAUUUGGUUAGCUUGCUAGAUGCUUCCAGACACAAAUGAGAGAACACCAAACUUUGACCAUUAUACUCGCCCUAGCAGGGCUUGUUAGGCUGUUUACAUGUUAUCUAGAGCGUUAGUGACUAUGUAAUUACUUUUUUGCCUACGUUUACUGACACCGGUCAUAUUCAGAAGGUGUUGCGCAUUCGUAAAUUCAUCAGUUAAUCUGCGCUCUGGCACACUCAGAUGAGAGUGCUGUGAAAUCGGAGUAGAUAGCCAGAGUGAAUUUACGAACGCAAGAUAUGCUAACUGGAUAACAGUCGUUCAAGUUCAUCAUAGCUAGCUAGCUAGCUAGCAAAGCGAUUCACAUUUCUUGCUAGCUAACCAAAUGACACCUGCAUCCCUAGCUGUAGCCACCGAAAAAUACAAAUGUCACUCACCCACUCCAAUGACAUGACAUCCUCCCAGCAGCUAACUAGCUAGCUAACGUUAGGCUCUGUGUUUUUAGCUUGCUAAAUAAAUAGAUACGCUAGCUUAUUAGCCAUGUUAUGACUGACUUGUAAUCAUUGCCAUUGCUAGUUUGAUUGUAUUGACAUUCCCAGCCUUAGUUACAUUCGUCCAUUUUUGUCCAAAAUAUUGAGUCAUUGAAACUGAAACGGUGGAGGCAGCAAACAAUGUACCAGGCCAGCUGUGAUUUACAACCUACCAAGAAAUGUAUUGGUGAAUUAUAUUAAUCAUGCAGUGAACUGCAUCCAUCUAUUCUGGCAACAAUACAUUAUGGAAUGUUGUGUCAAAUAUAACCUAUUUUUAAAACCUCUUAAAAAGUUGGUUUUGUAGCAUAAACUGGGAAUUUGAUAUUUUUUACUAAUAUUAUGAUUGUCUGUUUGUAGUUAAAACGCUGUCAGUUCCAAGGAUCAUAAGGUUGUUUAAAAAACAUAUAUAUACUGUAACGGGCGGUUGUCUUAUUUCCACCACCUUUCCCCCUUUUACUAUGUGUGCUCCCCUUGUUCUUCCUGCAGGGGGCAGCGGCGGUAGACGGGCGUCUGAAGAGGGGCGACCAGAUCCUAUCGGUGAAUGGAGAGAGUCUGGAGGGGGCCACCCACGAACUGGCCGUAGCCAUACUGAAGAGACAGAGGGGGGCUGUUACUCUGAAAGUACUCUCCUAGUUCACCCACACACCUAUACCCCCGAUGGCAAGCGACCAUUAUGGGGGUUGAACUAGUUUCAACUUUCCAGCGUGCAAAAAAUAUAAGACUCUGUUCCGAGGAGUUGGCCAACAUCUGAUGCCCGUCUUCACCCUUUUAAACAGCCCAUUAACGAGAAGGUGGCAUUGGUUCUGGAACGAUUCAAUCUAUAGGUGGCACUGCCAGGGAGAGCCCUGCCCUGUAGAGAUGUAGAGAGAAAACGUGUGCCGCGUUCAGCUGUGCCCUCAAGUGAACCAUGAGAAAUAAGAGGACUAUUUGGGAGGCUGCAGGAAGUAGUGACACCUCAUUUCCUGUGUGCCAUCUUAGGAGCUUGCUUCACUAUGAGGGCGGUCCAAUGGCUGCACUGACUGGAUACACAACAUGACUUAAAAUGGCAGAUGCUUGAAUGUUAUGUAGCAAGGAAACAAAGGGAAGCUUUACAGUCUAUGUGAAUAUCUGCUCUCUGUGUCAUUUCAGCUUUUUUUGUGUGAUCGCACUCGUGCUUCCUUCCUAGAACACUGAUAGAACAAUACAAGAGAUUCAGUUGGUUUAGGUCUCUUCACCGUUAGCCUGGCAUUAGCUUAGCAUCUCCCUGAUGGGGAGACACUGGUUAGCCGUUAGCGAUGUUAGCUGCAGGUUCUGCUAAUGUUCAUACUGUGAGGGUGAAUGGUCUCGGCAGGGAAUGGGGCUAUGACACAGUGAGUCACUGUCAGGUUGACACACAUCUUCUAAUUUCUCUCAUACACUUGUCCAUUUGUCUCAUGUCAUACUUGCCCACACACAAUUUAAAUUCGUAGUGUCAUACUCUUACACAAAGGUAGUAAGCUCAACAGUCUAGUCCCCUCAAACACAACUCUGGACCUCGAAGACAGUUCCACUGCAUUUUUUCAUUAUUGCCCUCUAAUCAGGGAACUGAUUUAGACCUGGGACACAAGGUGGGUGCCAUUUAAUUAUCAGGUAGAACAGAA